GAGAGCGUGAGUUUCCGCGUCUGUUUGGUGUGGCUGCUGUCGUCGGUUGUGAGCGGCAUCUCUCGCCGUUUCCCCGGGCUGCGGGAGCUGGCGGCCGGGCUCGGGCUGCUGGGCGGAGGUCGGCGCCUCCCGAGGGGCUAGGGCGAGGGAGGCAUGGCGGGGCUGGAGGCACAGCCUCCCCGUCCGGGGCAAGUCCGAGAGCGGGGAGGGCGUUUCCUGGGGUAACUCCACCUGGAGUCUUGUCGAAGUUCCCGCAUCUCCGCCGGACCGCACGGGAACGACGUGCCCACACUCGGAGGAAGGGGUUGGCGCUGAGCGAGUUUAAAGGGUUCCUUUUGAAAGCAGGAAGUUUGAAGUGACGUUGCAUCAGCAACAGAGCAUGCAGUUUCAGGUGCUCUCGGGACAGCUUUCAGUUUCUCAGAACAAGUCUAACCCUCACCGCAGUAGUAACUUUUAUUAGAGGACAAAAAAUCCGCCAAAGUAAACCCUUUCUGUCCAAACCCUAAAAACCUUUGGAGAAACGUUUGCAAGAAACGGAUCACAGCCUUAUUUGUUUUUCUAAACUGAGCAUAAACUCUUUUGAAGACUCAGCGUUACUGUCAAAAUGAAUGAUUGCCUGCCUAGUUAUGAUUCACUUAUCGAGGUGUUUAGGUCUCUGCAGUACACUCAGUGACUCCCAGGCUUUUCUUUUUUCCCUUUGAAAUUGCUUAUUAGAAAGCUUUAUCUAAUUUCUCACAGUUGUGUGUCUUUUUGAGGUAGUUCUAAUAAACUUUAAAGGCUUCUGGUUUGCUGCAGGCCUGCCGUCGCUGUGAAAAGCAAGUAUUCUUUCAAAGAAUAGAAGUGCAUUGGUUUCUAAAUAAUCCCAGGACGCUAGGAUCAGCAUCACUUGGGAACUUCUUGGAAAUGCACAUUUUGGGGUCUUAUCCCAAACUUACUGAAUCAGAAAUAUAUUUUAACAAGCCUUCCAGUUGAUACCAAUGCACCUGGACGCUAAAGUUUGAGAAUUAAUGGCGUAGUGAUAACACCCAUUGUGGAAUCACAUAUAAUGGAGUUUGAAUUGAAGUAAUUCCUAGAUGGAAAAACUUGGACAUGUUACCUCACAGGGCUGGAAUAUGAACAUGCAAGAAAAAUGUUUAACACAAAACAUAGAAAACCUUCAAAGAUGUUAUUAAGUAACUUAUUAGAACUGCAUAAAAUAAGUACAUAGUUUGUGCUGGAAGGAUUCUUCAGCGGGGUAGAUAUGAGCUGUAGUGCAUGGAUAUUGGGACCACUGCUUAGAGGGUAUUUUGUUUACCUCGGGAUUCUCAAUUCUGUGUAGUCAAGGUUGUUGGAUGCAGGAUGUUCAGUUAAAAGUUAAAGCAGUGCGUAGUAAUGCUAUUGUGGUUGUAGGAUUUUUAAGAAUAGCAUUAGUAUUUAUGUUGAAGAGUAGUUUUUAAUUCUUUGGCCUUCUGAUCUCUUCAGCUUUGUUUGUUUGGAGACAGUCUCUUUCUGCCACCCAGGCUGGAGUACAAUGGUGCAAUCUUGGAUCGCUGUAACCGCUGCCUCCAGGGUUCAAGCGAUUCUCCUGCCUCAGCUUCCCAAGUAGCUGGGAUUACAGGCGUCUGCCACCAUGCCCAGCUAAUUUUUGUAUUUUUAGUAGAGACGGUUUCACUACGUUUGCCAAGCUGGUCUCGAACUCCUGACCUCAGGUAAUCCACCUGCCUCGUCUUCAGUUUAGUUAUACCUUCUUUGACCCAGAAUUUGGUAAAGACCAGAGGUUCAGCUGUCUGUAUAUCUCCCCAGAUACCUGAAACUGACCACCUGAGUACAUUUUCCCAUUGCUGAGCUGUUUCCCUGAUAUCUGGCCAUGCAACGGAGAUCAAGAGGGAUAAAUACUGGACUUAUUCUACUCCUUUCUCAAAUCUUCCAUGUUGGGAUCAACAAUAUUCCACCUGUCACCCUAGCAACUUUGGCCCUCAACAUCUGGUUCUUCUUGAACCCUCAGAAGCCACUGUAUAGCUCCUGCCUUAGUGUGGAGAAGUGUUACCAGCAAAAAGACUGGCAGCGUUUACUGCUCUCUCCCCUUCACCAUGCUGAUGAUUGGCAUUUGUAUUUCAAUAUGGCAUCCAUGCUCUGGAAAGGAAUAAAUCUAGAAAGAAGACUGGGAAGUAGAUGGUUUGCCUAUGUUAUCACCACAUUUUCUGUACUUACUGGAGUGGUAUACCUGCUCUUGCAAUUUGCUGUUGCCGAAUUUAUGGAUGAACCUGACUUCAAAAGGAGCUGUGCUGUAGGUUUCUCAGGAGUUUUGUUUGCUUUGAAAGUUCUUAACAACCAUUAUUGCCCUGGAGGCUUUGUCAACAUUUUGGGCUUUCCUGUACCGAACAGAUUUGCUUGUUGGGUCGAACUUGUGGCAAUUCAUUUAUUCUCACCAGGGACUUCCUUCGCUGGGCAUCUGGCUGGGAUUCUUGUUGGACUAAUGUACACUCAAGGGCCUCUGAAGAAAAUCAUGGAAGCAUGUGCAGGCGGUUUUUCCUCCAGUGUUGGUUACCCAGGACAGCAAUACUACUUUAAUAGUUCAGGCAGCUCUGGAUAUCAGGAUUAUUAUCCGCAUGGCAGGCCGGAUCACUAUGAAGAAGCACCCAGGAACUAUGACACGUACACAGCAGGACUGAGUGAAGAAGAACAGCUCGAGAGAGCAUUACAAGCCAGCCUCUGGGACCGAGGAAAUACCAGAAAUAGCCCACCACCCUAUGGGUUUCAUCUCUCACCAGAAGAAAUGAGGAGACAGCGGCUUCACAGAUUCGAUAGCCAAUGAGGUGGCAUCUUGGGAAGACAUGGCCUAUUCGUGUAAUUAUUGCCCAUUUGGCUCAUUCCCCAAGCCCCUAAUUCAUUUUAAUUCAUUUUAAACAAAAGCAGAGUACACCGGUAUUGCUCCAGGUCGCUCACAUCACCUGGGACAGUCCCAUGGCCCCUAUGAGUCAACUCACAGCUUGCGGGGAGUGGGCCUUCUCCUGGCCUUGUUCUUGCUCAUAAACAGGUCACUUCCUCCAUGAAGGGACCAGUUUCCACCCUCUCUUCUCUCACUGUUGACUCAGCGAUGCCUCUGCCUCGGUCUGCUUUUGAAGACUGUGACCUUCACCAGGAGGUUUUACUUACACCAGUCGGGAAGAUUAGUCCCUCAUUCUGCCUGGAGUGCCCCGUGUUUGAUUUGGCAGCAGGUGUGGAGCCAUCCCCGCGUCCUCCUGGCGCAUUGCCACUGCGGCUGUCCAGGAACAGGAUGUGGCUGCCUUGGCCGAAUGUUGUCCUACUCUCCCCAACCCCGGCGCCUCAGCCCCUCAGCACCUCAGGCCCCUGCGUCUGGCUGGUGUUUGCAGGGCUUUCGCUCUGCUCUGGUAUUACUCUGCCUUUAUAGAAAGUCUUAUUGAAGAAGUGUAAGAAAGACCUAAGGUGGGGAAGACUCCUACACACACCAUUAGUAUCAGUGACACCAGCAAUGUAGGUUCCCAGCCCCUUCCCAGUGGCAGCUUGUGUGUCCAGGAGAUAGGACGUCAUUUAACGCAUCAGCAAAGUAGCAGCAGAUGCCACAUACAGAGUAGAGCGAAGGCGUUUGGUGGAUCGGUCACUAGAGAUCUAUCUUGCAGAAAGUAUGUUUUUCCUCAUAAAAGUGCCUCUUAAUUGGCCAUUGUACCAGCCACUUGUCCUAGCCAAAUGUCCAAAACACGCCCUUGGGCCCCGCCACGUUACAAUCCACAGAUUGUCUGUCUGAGUCGUUUAAGGCAUUUCCUGGUGCUUGUGUUCCAUGAAUAAAAGGACAAAGUCAGAAGAUCACUGAUGUCUUACUGUCAACAGAGGUAUUUUAAAAGAGAGAAGCAGGAAAAGAUCUUCCUUUUUUGAUCUACAACUUAUAUAGUUUUCUGAUUAUGCACAUAAUAGAUAUGCCUUCCAGAUGCAUAAGGCAAACAUCUGGAAAGAAAUAUACCCAAAUCUUAGAAGGGGUUAUCUUUGGGAAUGGAGUACAUGGGAUUUUGCUUUCUUCAUUUUUAUAAUUUUAUAUUACUGUCUUGGAAGGUGUGUUUAUGUGUGUGUUACUUUUACAAUCAGGAAAACAUAUUUAUAUAAUAACAAAUAUAUAGUCAAGAAAACAGACUUAAAAAUAAAUACUAUGUGUCCACUGAGAAAAUUCACAAUAUAAACAGAAAUACAAAUAAAUACAUACACAAUUUUAAAGUCACCUGUAGCCCUACCCUUAGAGGUACCCAAGGUUAACAUUUUGGUGGUAUUGUCUUAUCAAUUUUUCUGUUGAUACAUUCAGCAAAUUUGGAGCAUAUUGACUGUGGAGUUUUGUGUCCAAAUCCAAUCUGAAUUUACCUGGAAGAGGCCUUGACACCUGCAUGGAAAUGAGCUAAGAAAACCACUGGAGCCUUGGGAGCUCUUUGGCCUCCUGGCUGGCCCAGUAAUAUCUGAGCUCCUUUGGUUAAUUUAUAACUGAUGUAAAACUACAUCUUCUUUAUAAUAUAAAUUGUACCUGUGAGUCUAGAAGCUUUAAAUGUGUUUAAAUUAAAAUAUUCAAGCUAAAUGUUACUGCUCUCUCCCAAAUUCUGUAAGUUUGACUCCCGUUACCCCAAUUAGAAGUAACUUCUUUCUUUCAUGCCACUUUUAUAGCAUUUGGUAAUUCUGCUAUAACACAUUUGCCCCUAUUAUUAACUGUGCACAGCUACACAAAGGUGUGCCUUCUACGUGGGAACAUGGAUUGUGAAUGACUCUGUAAUGAGGCCUGAGUCUUAGUUAUCUUUCCACUCACUCCCCGUCUCCCCUUUCCAACCCCAAAGGCUCACGAUAGGGGCUCAUUAAAUGUCAGUGUUUCACCAAAGUAUUUUUUCCAUUGUAUUAAGAGUCCAGUCACUGUAUAUGGAAGUAUUUUAUUUUAUUUUUUUUUUAUAUCACUUGAGUCCACUAGUAGUCCUUCCUUGCUCUGACUUCUCAGAUACAAAGACACAGGAUUAGAUUUUGGGUGGUAAAAUUGUGAUACGCAUGGCUGUUUAUGGAGUGGAACAUCUUAGUGAUGUGAGAAAGGUCAUUUUAGUUAUAAAUGUAAACCAGUUACUUUAGCACAACAAUAAAGAUGUUCUGGAAAUUAUUAUAAUUAUUUUAGUUAAUAGACUUGCCUGUAACAAGUGCUUAUGUUUGGAAUGUCCAUUUUAUUUUAUUUUCCUCUACAAUAAGGAAUCCCUAAAGUUAUGCCAACAAACUGGAAUUGGAUUGAGAAAGACAAAAGCAAGUGAGCAAGUGUAUUAGACUAAUUAUCUCUAGUAGGGAAGAAGCACUUAGAGCUAAUUUUUUAAUUUGGUUUAUUUAUUUAUUAGUAGCUCCCUGAUUGUCUGUUAAGCCCCUGGUUCCCACAGUUUGGUGUGGUCAGUCAACUUAAGAGACCUUUUAAUGCAGAAUCUUUACUUGGUUCUGAAGAGGAGGCAGUAGUUAAAAUUGCUUCCUCUUAAUGACUCUGAAUGUAUUGCCUGUGAUUCCAAAGUUGUACAUAAUUGUUCAGACCUCCUCCAUCCUUGUAAAUUGCCUGCUGCAGUAAAUAACUAGUUUGAGUAGAACUAGAUCCUGUCUAUCUAUUUGGCACAUGUUCUGCUGCCUGGGGAGUAAGCAAGCUAAAGGGAUGAGAAAGACCACCUCCCCCUACCCUGGAAAUUGCACUGCAAGGCAGGGCGAGAAUGGGGUAGCUGGCAGACCUGGCCUCCUUGUUCCCAGUCUUAGUUUUUCUUGAGAGAUUCAGUAUUCAGUAAAGAAUAGUAUUCAAUUAGUCAAAAAAUAUAUAUAUAACUUCUUCCUUUCCCUUCCCAUGAAUCAUUGCAGUCAUUCCCUAAGUUUCUUCUCUUUCUGUCUUUUUUUUUUUCAUGGCUGCUAGUAUUUUAUUUUAGAAUCACAGACUCUCAGCUUAGAGAGUCUCAGUAUCUCAGUUAUUUGCUCUGUUCAAUACUUAAUACCUCCUCACUCAAUUCUACAUAACUCCAGCUUAGUCUUCCAAAAUUCACUUUCAUGAUGCCACUCAGCAUCUCAAAUACCUUUCAUUGGCUCUCUGCUGCCAAAGGAUAAAGGUCAAAGUCAUUAGACUCAACAGUGGGCUCCAACCAGCCUUUGGACCUCAGCCCCAUUUAUCCAUCACAGAGGCUGGUUACUAGUCUCACUGCUCAGGCUGUGAGUGUUCCUGAUCUUGUGACAUUCUGUGCUGUGCUUUUACAUGAAACAGCUCUUUCCUCUCUCUUGGCCCAUUCAGAUCCUCCUCAUCCAGCCCCCAUCUGAAUCCUGUAACAGACACAACCACAUCUACACAGUUUCCACAUGCCACUUGGAAUUGCUGGUUAUGCUGCAAUGAGAGAAUGUCUUUGUCUUUAAAUUGUAAGCUUCGUGAGGGCAGGGACCAUCUGUUUCUCUGUCUCUCCUCACAGUGCCUUGAGCAGUACGUUGUCUGGAAUGUCAGAACCAAUAAAUACUCGUGGAUUGAAACAAAAA